AUCUAACCUAUUCGUUUACCGAGACAGCGGACUCAACCCCUGGCGUGCGGGUCGAGAAAGUCCGUCUUUUCAAUGAGUUAGUUUGGGAUGUGAAUUAGAACGAGACGUUAUCUGAGUGAAUUAGAAAGUCCGUCUUUUAGUAGUACGUGUCUUUUACUGAUGUAUGUAUAUAUAGGCAGAAGCAGAACAUAAACAAGAAUGAAAAAGCGGAAACCGAUUUUUCAGUAACUUCCCUUUGGCGCUUCCUUUCCCUCGAUUUUCGGCCACCCUUCCCUGCAACUCCAUACUUUCCGGCCAUUUAUAAACCGAUCUAAUUCCUUCUUUCCUUUCCCAUUUCCCUUUCCACCACACAAUGCAGUCCCCUUCUCCGGCCAUCCUCCCCAUUUCCAAUCCCCAAUCCCAACCUCAUAUCCCCCUUUCUUCCUUCUCUAGCCAUCUCCUCCUCUCCCUCCGCCACGCCUUCUCCCGUCGCCGCCCUUGGCCGGAGCUCCUAGAUCGCUCCGCCUUUUCCAAGCCUGAAUCCCUCACCGAAGCCACUCUUCGCAUUCGCAAGAACUACUCUUAUUUCCGCGUCAAUUAUUUCACGAUCAUAGCCCUAAUUCUUGCCAUUUCACUUUUCUCCAAUCCUUCCUCUCUCUUCCUCUUGAUCGCCCUUCUUUGCUCUUGGAUCUUCCUCUAUCUCUUUCGCCCUUCCGAUCAGCCCCUUGUUCUGUUCGGUCGGCUCUUCAGAGAUAGCGAGAUCUUGAUUGGCCUCCUUGUUUUCACCGCCUGUGUUGUUUUUUUCACCAGCGUUGGAUCUGUUCUCGUUUCCGCUCUGACCGCCGGUGUCGCCGUCGUCUGCGCUCACGGUGCUCUCCGAUCUCCCGAUGAUCUGUUCCUGGACGAGCAGGAAGUUAAUUCGACUGGCUUUCUCGGUAUCUUCGCCGGCCCUCCCUCCUCCUCCUCUGCGGCCGCUCCUUCCAGCAGAUAAAAUAGUGUGAUUAUUCCGAAAAUUCAAUACAUAUGUGUGUCGAUUUGAUUUGUUCAUUCUAUUAUUUUGUGUUUGAAUAUUCUUCUUGUUCGAUUGAAAUAGUGGGGGAUUUUUAUUCUUUUGUUGUUAAAAUGUUACAAUUGAAAUUUGGUUGGGGAUUUUGAUUUAAAUUUUAAAGGCCGGAGAUUUAUGUUUAUGUUAAUAGUUUGUAUCAAUUUAGGUUUGAUUCUUUAACCUAAAAUAAAUUAGGUUUCAUCCUUUUCUUUUUCUUUUAUUUAAAUAUAUAUAUAUAUAUAUUUUUUUUUUGCUUUAUUGUAAAUUUGUUGUACUCAAACAUAUGUUAUAAGAAGAGUAGUGCUCUCUUUUUAACCUUUAA